AUGUCAAGGCUGUUUGAAUUCGCUUUUGUUUUCUUCCAAAGCGCUUUGACAGUGAAAGAAACCGUUUCAAUAAGCCUAGGGAUUUGCUGGCGCAUGCCUUCACCUAUAACCAGAUGUUCGAUUCGCCGCAGAAGGCAUAUCCGUUACUUCUGCUUCCGAAUGCAAAUGAAUCGAGGAUCAGUUUGCAAGAAGCCGCAUAGUACUCGUCUGUUCAUUAUCUAUCUAUCUAUCUAUCUAUCUAUCUAUCUAUCUAUCUAUCCAUCUAUCUUAGUCUGUUCAUAUCUAUCUAUCUAUCUAUCUAUCUAUCUAUCUAUCUAUCUAUCUAUCUAUAUAUAUAUAUAUAUCAGUCUAUCUAUCUCUAUCUAUCUAUUUCAGUCUGUUCAUUAUCUAUCUAUCUAUCUAUCUAUCUAUCUAUCUAUCUAUCUAUCUAUCUAUCUAUCUCAGUCUAUUCAUUAUCUACCCAUCUAUCUUAGUCUGUUCUAUCUAUCUAUCUAUCUAUCUAUCUAUCUAUCUAUCUAUCUAUCUAUCUAUCUCAGUCUAUUCAUUAUCUACCCAUCUAUCUUAGUCUGUUCAUAUCUAUCUAUCUAUCUAUCUGGCUUACGCAGAAAGAUUUUCGAGUGCUUCCGCUCGAUAAGUACCAGUUAUCCGGAUAUUUCUGCGUAA